UAAAGAGAUUACUUUUCUUAAGCAUUCUUAUCUCUCUUUGUGGUGACCAAACGUUAAUACUUUGUCAGGAGAGAUCAACUAAUGGCCACAAGGGAUGCAAAUUCAGUACCUCCUCCACAAGUACAAGAUGCAGUAAUAAUUGAUAUCGAUUCAUCAGCAAAAGCUCUCUCACCUUCCCUGCUUCUACUAAAGAGAGAAAACAGAAGAAAUUACCUCAACACAUGUGUGUCUCUUCAUAAGGCUGCGUUAAAAGGUGACUGGGGAACGGCUAAGCAUAUUUUUGGACAAUAUCCUGGAUUUUUGUGUGCCAGUAUAACAAAGGGAAAACAAACUGUUCUUCAUAUUGCAACAGCAGCAAGACAAACUAACUUUGUGGAGGCGUUGGUAAAACUGAUAGACCCCGAAGACUUGAAGUUGCCAGACGAAAAUGGGAACUCUGCGUUUUGUUUUGCUGCUGCAGUUGGAGCGAUUCAAAUUUCCAAGAUAAUGUUGAUGGAAAAUCCUCGUCUUCUAACAAUCCGAGGCAGUGAAAAUAUGAGUCCACUCCACAUAGCCGCUGUGUUUGCACAGAGAGACAUGGCAUCUUUUUUAUACGGUGAAACUAAAGAUAUGUUGACAGAAAAGGAUCGAAUCGCUAUAUUUUUCACCUUUAUCAAUACUGGUUUCUGUGAUCUGGCGUUGGAAUUGCUAAAGGAUCAUCCAGAACUUGCUGUGGCUCGUGACAAGAAUUCUGAAACAGCUUUGCAUGUUUUGGCUCGAAUGCCCUCCACUAUUGCCGGCAGAAAUCCAGGAAUCUUGAAGGGGCUUCUCACUUCGUUACCAGGAUUGAAGUUCAUGACUCAUAAGGACUUGAUGUCAACCCAAGCUCUUCAACUUGUCAGAUGUCUUUGGGAAGAAAUAUUAAAACGAGACGAGUUGGAGCUUACGGCACUAAUCGGAACACCUUCACAAUUGUUGUUUGAGGCAGCUAGAUUGGGGAACUUCGAAUUCUUGGCAGAGCUCAUUUGCUGUUAUCCUGAUGUGGUUUAUGAAUUGGAUGACAAUAAUCACAGCAUAUUUCACAUUGCUAUUUUGCACCGUCAUGCCACUAUAUUCAAUCUAAUAUAUGAGACAGCCUUUACAAAGGAAUUGAUGGGGACCUUUGAAGAUAAUAAGCAGAAUAACAUAUUGCAUUUGGUUGCAAAAUAUCCAGAUUCGAAUCGAGUUAGUAUCGUAUCUGGAGCAGCUCUACAAAUGCAACGAGAAUUGUUAUGGUUUAAGGAGAUUGAAAAGAUGGUUCAACCCUCGUUUAGAGAAAAGAAAAAUUCAGAAGGUAGUACACCACAAGAGAUUUUCGCCAAAGAGCAUAAAGAUUUAUUAAAAAAUGGAGAGCUGUGGAUGAAGAAGACAGCUGAAUCUUGUAUGCUUGUCGCAACACUCAUUGCCACUAUGAUGUUUGCAGCAGCCUUCAGUGUACCGGGUGGUAACGAUAAUAACAGGGGGACGCCAAUUCAUCUAAGAGAGACUUUGUUUCAGGUUUUCGCUUUGUCAGAUGCAAUCGCUUUAUCCUCCUCAACUAUCUCCAUUCUGAUGUUUUUAUUUAUCCUUACAUCGCGUUAUACAGAAGACGAUUUUCUCAAGUCGUUACCGUUUAAGCUGAUGGUAGGACUCUCGACGCUCUUUUUAUCUAUAAUUGCCAUGAUGGUGGCUUUUAGCGCAACCUUCUUCUUAGCUUAUCAUGAUAGAUUAAACUGUUUCACCAUGCUUACUGCUAUACUUGCAUUUGUACCGGUUAGUCUCUUUGUUAUGCUGCAAUAUCCCCUUCUAAGAGACAUAGUUUGUUCAACAUACCGGUCUAAGUUUCUGUUUAAGCCAUUAUGCUAUGAUAAUUUGCUGUAAUAGUAUAUAUAUUUGUAUUAUGUUGUAUAAUCUGAAAUAAAAACUUUUCAAUUCAAC